AUGGCUUUUCUUUAUGAAGAAGAUGUCAUCAGCGAUAUUGAAAAUGUCGUACAAGAAAGGCUUGCUGAUUCUUCUUUGCAAAACGACUACGUAUCAGAUGAUAAGACUGAUCAGCACAAUGAUAGUAUGGAUGUAGACGGAGUAUACUUAACUAAGUUAAAAGCUAUUGACGAACCCUUGUAUGAGAUAUCACUCCGGGCAGAGCAAGAAGCUGCAGCUACAGAAGCAGAGGCAUCUCAUAAUCUUAGUACAGAAAAGCAAGGCAAUAAAACUAAAGAUGAUCCUUUACAUGAAAUAUCACUCCAGGCAGAGCAAGAAGCUGCUGAGAACUAUAAAAAUUUUACAUCAGAGGAACUUGAUCAAAGUUAUUUCAUGCCAAAAAAAUUAAUUAAAAAUGCAAUGCGCUAUGUAAAUCAAGUGCAAUCUGAGCACUACUCAAUCCUUAAAAAAUGUAGACAGACUUUAUUGGACAAACAACUAUCUACAGUUAUUAUAAGAAGCAGAAAAAGAAUAGAUACAACACAUGGUUGUGUUCAUUGGAGAGUAAGAUUUUUAAAGGCAAUUAACACAGCCAUAUAUUCACAUGAUUGGAAUAAAUUAUUGUAUAUAUUAAGAAAAUCGCCAAUAGAUGAACAUAUUAAUAAAAAGACAGAAUAUCAUUACAUAAGGGCAUUAACAAUUCUGUUAAUGAACCAUCCCUAUGCAAAAUCACAAUCUUUAUUAAAUCAUUAUUUUCAUAUGGUCCUGUCCUGUCGCUCUGACCAAGAUAAAAAAGCCUUAUAUAAAGUAUUGCUCACAAUGCCGGAUAAACUAAUGGGAUUUAACGUCUACAAUAGAUUGCACAACAAACUGAAUGAUAAUGAAGAAUCUAUAGGAAAUAAUGCUGUCGGUCUCCCAGUGGCUAAAGCAAUGAUGUCAGAUGAUGGGGAAUGUAUAGAGUGGAAGUAUAAUUUAUUAUUGGAUGGUCCGGCUGAAAUUUGGCUACUUGGACUUGAACAUACUAUGAGAGUUGUUUUAAGGGAGAUUCAAUGGACGUCAGACUGCACACGUACCCUAUGUCGUUGUGAGCUAAUGAAAGAGAAAAAGCCGCUGAAGAAAUUGCGCAAAAAGCAAAACCUAAUUCUCAGUACAUUACAAAAUAUGUCCCGAAAAGAGAUUUCAAAGAUAUUGCGUUGUAAAGUUAACGCUUUGUGUGUCAUAGAGAUACAUUCAAGAGAUACUGUUGAUAGGAUGUAUAAACUGGGUUGUAUGACAGUAUCGGCCUUUGAGUGGUUCUCACAGUUAAAGUUCUACUGGGACCGGGAGCGGGAGGAUUGUUUCAUCAGACAGACAAACACAAACUCGAUAUAUACUUACGAGUAUAUAGGGAACUCAGGUCGGCUUGUUAUCACACCGCUAACUGACAGAUGCUACAUAACUCUAACAACGGCGUUGCAUCUAUUCCGCGGGGGUAGUCCCCAAGGCCCGGCGGGGACAGGCAAGACUGAGACUACCAAAGAUCUGGGUCGAGCUUUAGCCAGAUGGGUCGUUGUCACCAAUUGUUCUGAUGGAUUGGACUAUAAAUCAAUGGCCAAAUGUUUUGCGGGAAUAUCCCAAAGUGGGUGUUGGGGCUGCUUUGACGAGUUCAACCGCAUCAACAUUGAAGUACUCUCUGUAGUGGCUCAGCAGAUUCUGGCAGUGCUGUUGGCACUGUCUCUCUUCCUCAAAAGGUUCGUCUUUGAAGGAUCUGAUAUCAAGCUGGACGGCAACUGUGGGAUAUUUAUUACAAUGAAUCCUGGUUACGCUGGCCGGACAGAGCUGCCGGAUAACUUGAAGUCCAUGUUCCGUCCGAUCGCAAUGUGUGUGCCGGACUCGCUCAUUAUCGCUGAAAAUACGUUAUUCUCGGAUGGUUUUACGGCUUAUAAGAUUAAUGCUAAAAAGGUGUUUACGCUAUAUGAAUUGGCUAUGCAGCAGUUGUCAAAGCAGGAUCAUUAUGACUUCGGUCUACGGUCUAUGGUCGCGUUACUCCGGUACGCAGGAGUAAAGAGACGAGCUUAUCCUAACCUGCCUGAACAGGAGAUGGUGAUCCUGGCCAUGCGUGACAUGAAUGUGGCUCGAUUGACAGCCAAAGAUGUGCCAUUAUUUGAUGGCAUCAUGCAAGAUAUAUUCCCUGAUGUGGUUGUACCAACCUUGGACUAUGAGAUGCUGGAAACCGCGAUAUCUGCUGAGAUGAGGCUGGUGGGCCUACAACCAGUAAAGGCGGCAUUGCAUAAGGUCAUACAGACGUAUGAGACCAAGAAUUCGCGGCACUCCAGUAUUCUCUUAGGCGAUACGAACACAGCUAAAACAGUAUCUUGGAAGAUGUUAGCUUCAACUAUCAGUCGUUUGAAACGCGAAAAGGUACCUGGCUUCGAGAAUGUUCAAGUGCACCCAAUGAACCCCAAAGCUCUUACCCUGGGUGAGUUGUAUGGAGAGUACAACCUGGCUACGGGGGAAUGGAAGGAUGGAGUGCUCUCUUCCAUUAUGAGGACGACUUGUCAAGACGAGUCCCCUGAUCAAAAGUGGAUAAUAUUUGACGGGCCCGUGGACGCGAUUUGGAUCGAAAAUCUGAAUUCGGUGAUGGACGACAAUAAACUACUUACGCUGGUGAACAGUGAGAGGAUUUCUAUGCCCCCUCAGGUGUCACUGUUAAUAGAGACAUUGGACCUUGCUGUGGCAUCUCCAGCAACGGUGUCUCGUAAUGGAAUGGUCUACAAUGAUUAUAAGGACUGGGGAUGGUGGCCGUUUGUCAACUCUUGGCUUGAGACUGUUGACGAUCUCGAAUAUAGGGAGAUGCUCCGUCGUCAUUUCCUAAACAUCUUAACACCUGUGCUGGAGCUGAAGAGGCUCCACUUAGUGGAAGGCCAGAGCGUGAGGGGUCAGGAGCUGACAGGUGCAAGGUCGCUCUGUCGGCUAUUGGGUCUCCUACCAGCCCCAGCACCGCCACAGCCCGAUGAGGAGGACAAUGAAGGGCUGUCAAAAAUGAGGUUUCUCUUUGCUAUGAUUUGGUCGGUAUGUGCAACCCUGGAAGAAGAAUCACGUCGUAAGUUGGACAACUGGGUCCGGGAACACGAAGGUGUCUUCCCCUUGAAAGACACUGUGUACGAUUAUUACGUUGAUGAGAGGCUGCGAGCCUUCAAACCCUGGGAGGAUAAACUGCCUGAUAACUGGCGGUUUAAUCCUAGUUUGGGAUUCCACAAUAUCCUGGUGCCAACAGUGGAGUUUAUUCGGGUACAAAUAAUCGCAUUGGAUAUGCUCAAAGCUGGAUAUGGUGUUCUGGUUGGUGGAGGGACCGGAACUGGGAAGACGUUCCUCAUUCAGGGAACUCUUGCUCAAUUGGAUUCUGAUAGAUACAGCAUGCAAGUCAUUAAUAUGUCGGCUCAGACGACGGCGGCCAAUGUGCAAGAUAUUAUUGAAGCUCGACUCGAGAAGAGGACUAAAGGGAAUUAUGUACCGGCGGGGGGUAAAAGAAUGAUAGCGUUUAUGGACGACAUAAAUAUGCCGGUGCGUGAUGCUUACGGAUCCCAGCCACCUCUGGAACUAGUGCGCCUGUGGCAUGAUUAUGGCUAUUGGUUUGAUAGGCAGAAGCAAUGGCGUAAGAAUGUUAAGGAUAUGGUCCUAUGCGGCGCUGCCGGACCCCCAGGUGGGGCCAGGUCCAACCUGCCUCCUCGUCUCCUCUCCUGCUUCCACGCCUUCUUUCUACCCCCACCCACGCAGCAGCAGCUCAUCAAGAUAUUCGGGACUAUGCUGUCUCAGCAUCUAUCUGACUUCGACGAGGAGACGAAGACUAUCGGUAAAAUAGUGCUGACUGCGACAAUAGAUACUUUUAACAACAUUGUCGCGAAGUUACUACCGACGCCAAGUAAAAUGCACUACCUGUUCAAUUUGAGGGACAUCUCGAAGAUUUUUCAGGGUCUCCUAAGGAGUAACAAGGAUUAUCAAAACACGAAGCCAAGAUUUCUUCGUCUUUGGGUCCACGAAUGCUUCCGGGUGUUUAGUGAUCGACUGACUGAAGAGAAAGAUCGUGAUUGGUUUAUGGGUCAAAUGGGAGACAUGUUGGGUAAACACUUUGAGCUGACCUUCCACGCUCUCUGCCCCUCUAAGAGUCCUCCCAUAUUUGGGCACUUCUUAAAUCCAUUCGAGGUGUAUGAUGAUCUCAAUGAUGCUAACGCACUGCGCAGAUUCAUAACCAAUCAAAUGGAGGAAUACAACAGUUGUCCGGGUGUUGUCAAAAUGGACCUAGUGCUGUUUAAAGAUGCGAUUGAACAUAUUGUCAGAAUUGUCAGAGUUAUAUCGCAGCCAAGAGGGCAUAUGCUAUGUGUGGGGAUAGGUGGGUCAGGUCGUCAAAGUUUAACCCGAGUCGCGUCCUACAUUUGCGAGUGCAACUCGUUCCAAGUGGUCGUAACUAAAACUUAUGGAGUGAAGGACUUCAGAGAAGACCUUAAGGUCCUUUACUCAACCUGUGGUGUGGACAGCAAGAAGACAACUUUUAUCUUCUGCGACACUCAGAUAGUGGAGGAGACAUUUACGGAAAUAAUUAACAAUUUGUUAAGUAGUGGCGAAGUCACUAAUUUAUUCAAACCUGACGAAUUUGAAGAUAUAAAGCAAGCCCUGGAGAAGCCGAUGAAGGCAGCAAACCUUAUGCAAACCAAUGAGGCUGUAUAUCUAUUCCUCGUGGACCGAGUGAGGGCCAAUAUGCAUAUUGUUCUCUGCUUCAGCCCUAUUGGAGAUGAGUUCAGGAACCGAAUCCGCCAGUACCCAGCGCUCAUAAACGCGACCACCACAAAUUGGUUCCUGGAGUGGCCCCGAGAGGCGCUGCUCGAAGUCGCUUACAAGUUCCUUGACGGGGUCGAGUUACUCGCCUCUAUCACUGGGCCUAGGGUGCGUCGAAAGGAAUCCCUCGUGGAAAGCCGCGAAGACGCAUUACGUGCGUCUGUAGCUUCUAUAAUGUCUU